AUGAUUCACGAUGAUGAUGAUGAUGACGAUGAUGAUGAUGUUGAUGACGAUGAUGAUGAUAAUGAUGAUGAUGAUGAUGAAGUUGUUGUUCAUGAUGAUGAUGACGAUGAUGUUGAUGAUGAUCACGAUGUCGUUGAUGAUGAUGAUCAUGAAGAUGAUGAUGAUGCACGUGAUGAUGUAUGUGAUUAUGAUGAUUCCCGAUGA